AGGAGCGACCCUCGCGACUGGAAAGGGGUCAAGGUCCAACUAUAGUUGGCCUCUUUUGCUCCUACAGAUUCAGCAAUUGGCUCGCGUCGCACACACGUCGAUCAUCGAGGACCGUUAGCAGAGGUGCCGUUAGGGCCGGGUGAGAUUAGUGGGCACUUUCACUUGCAGGGAACCAACCGUACUUCGGCCAACGGGAGGCUGCCACGCAAUUUGAUUUGGCGUCACCCAGAUCACGCUACUUUACCGUUUUUAUGGGCACGAACAGCAGAAAGGCCCCGCUCCAGAGCCGAACAGGCCCCGUUACCACACGAAGCAGGGCCUGUGGCUGGGCUAUAAAAGGACACCGGCAGCUCCAUACGGGGUCAGUCGAAGAAAGUAAAAUAGUGAUCAUUAAGAGUGAAAGUCAGAGUAACAAAAGUGCCGAAGUGAAACAGUAAAGUGAGAGUCAACGCGAGUGGUAGAUCAGGACUCCCAGGACAACGUGGGAACAGCAAGGACAUCGUGGGACAGCAAGGACAUUCAGUGGGAAUCCUUGCGACGAGUAAAGAGGCAAGCAGGAUCGUCAGCGGCACCAACAAGACAUUGGUGCAGCCCAUCAGCUUAAGCAAGGCCUGCAUAUCUGAGUUCGUUGGUCGACGUGGGCUUGUCCGGAAGCUGUAUUGCGACAAUGCCAUCAAUUUCGUGGGUGCUGCACGCACGCUGGACCUCAAGGCAACUUUUCAUGGCAACACAGCGGCUAUGGAAACGUUUGCUGCGGAGCGGGGCAUGGAGUUUGUUUUCAUCCCUCCUCGAGCGCCGCAUUUUGGCCGCCUUUGGGGAAGCGACGGUGAAAUCCGCGAAAGGUUUGCUGCUGAAAGCGAUGGGCAACGCUCGAUUACGGCAAGACGAGGUGGCCACCGUGCUGGUCGAGGUCGAGGCCGUACUCAACUCGCGGCCAAUGAUGGCUCCCAGCAGCAACCCCAACGACGGCGAAGUGCUCACGUCAGGGCACUUCCUAAUAGGGGGAACGCUCGCGCCGCUGCAACUCGUGUCCACAGAACCAGUCGACGACGCCAAGCUGACACUCUUAAAAAGAUGGCAGCUGAUAUCCAACAUCAAGCGUCGGUUUUGGAUCGACUGCUCAGCCUCCAGCAGCGGUCAAAAUGGACGAAGGAGAGGCAGAACCUACAGGUCGGAGCAGUCGUGCUCGUGGGAGACGACAACGCUCCUCCACAACAGUGGAUGCUAGGCGUGGUAACGGAAGCCAUAGCCGAAGGAGAUGGUAGAAUGCGCGUAAUUGUCGUUAAGACAAAAAAUGGCACAUACAAAAGGGCAAUUCAUCGUGUUGCCCCACUGCCACUCAACUAAUACCCCAUAUUAUUGAAGCCCUGCGGCCUUUCAACGCGGCCGAUGUUGAGGCAUUUGGAUAUAUGCCCUCUUUAUUAUAUAGAAUUAAAAAAAAAAAAUGAAGAAA